AUGCUUAAGCCUCCCCCUUUCAAAGUCGACCCUGUGGCCUCCCUCCCACCGGAGUCAGACUACAUGUGGCGUAUUGUGUUGAUGUUUGGAGCCUUCCCUGCUGCUGUGACAUACUAUUGGCGUAUGCAGAUGCCUGAGACUGCUAGGUACACUGUCUUGGUUGCAAAGAAUGCCAAGCAGGCUGCUGCUGACAUGUCGAAGGUUUUGAAGGUUCAAAUUGAUGCCGAAGAGGAGAAGGUUAAAAAAAUUGGAAAAAGUUCUAACCAAUCAUUCGGGUUGUUCACUGCCCAAUUUGCUCGCCAGUACGACAUUCGCCUCUUAGGAACAACCAGGACCUGGUUUUUACUUGACAUUGUGUUCUACAGUCAAAACCUUUUCCAGAAGGACCUUUUCACCUCUAUUGGAUGGAUUCCACCUGCAGCUGAUAUGAAUGCUAUUAGGGAGGUCUAUAUGAUAGCGAGAGCUCAAACUCUAACUGCUCUUUGUGGAACCAUCUCUGGAUAUUGGUUUACUGUCGCUUUCAUAGACGUAAUUGGACGAUGGUGGAUCCAAAUGAUGGGAUUCUUUUUCAUGACUGUUUUCAUGCUUGCCAUUGCCUUCCCUUACCAUCAUUGGCAGCAAAAGGGGAAUCGUAUUGGGUUCAUCAUCAUGUAUGGGCUCACCUUCUUCUUUGCCAACUUUGGUCCUAAUGCCACUACUUUCGUGGUGCCUGCUGAGGUCUUCCCGGCUAGGUUAAGGUCCACUUGUAAUGGUAUAUCUGCAGCAAUUGGAAAAGCUGGGGCCAUCAUUGGAGCCUUCGGAUUUGUUUACGCGUCACAAGAUUCGGAUCCGGCCAAGAGAGAUCACGGUUAUCCAGCUGGUAUUGGGAAGAAGAACUCCCUUUUUGUGCUUAACGUCAUCAACUUCCUUGGUAUGGUUUGCACAUUAUUUGUACCCGAGUCUAUGGGUAAAUCUAUAAAGGAACUAGUUGGUGAAGUGGAUGUCGAUGAAGUUGAGGAUGACAACCAUAGGGGUUCAGCUUGA